AUAACCUUAACAUUCAGUAAACAGAAACACGCUACAUUUAUGUACUUUCAAUGUAAUUUAAUUUUUUAACACAAGAAAGAUGAAUGUACAUAAUAGUGUUGAGAGUAUUUUAAACGUUUUUGAAAAUGUGGUAUCAAAACCAGAAAGUUAUUUAAGUGCCGAGGAGAAAUUAAAUGGAAACAUUCGCAAGCUACUAAAAACUUCAUACGACUUUUCAAAACAAACAGAUGCAAAAACAACUUCAAAUGCAUUACCCGAGCUAAUAAUUGACAAUUUUGACUUGGAACAGAUAUGGCAACAAUUAGAGUUGCAAAACAAUUUUAUUUUAAAUAGAAAUGUUAAUACAAUUAGCAAGCUUGUUGUUUCAAAAGAAAAAUUAUUCUUCGAAGAAACGACCGAUGAUGUAGAGAGUGAAGAACCAGUAGAAGAAAAUGUCAUAGAUGAUGGUGCUGAGCAAUCUGAUGCAAUCUCUGAAUUAGAUCAUACAGAUAAUGAAGAACAUGAACCGAUCCCUACCAAAACUAAACCAUCAGUAGUUGAUGACAAUUUUUUUAAGUUAGAUGAAAUGAACAAUUUCCUUUUAUCUGAAGAGAAGAAAGGUAGCGACAAUAAAAAACCCCCAGAAUCUGACUCCGAAUCAGAAGGAAGCGUAGAUAUGUUUAAAGAAGAUUCGGAUAAUAGUGAUGACGAUCCUGAAGCAUAUAAUAACAAAAAAAAUCCCAGAUAUAAAGAUUUUUUUGGAAAAUCUCAGCAGCAACCUGAACAAGUAGAAGAUCAAGAAGAUUAUUCUAAUGAUGAGGAAGACGAUUUUCAUGAUCAUUAUGACGAAAGCAAUAACUUUAGUAACGAAAAUGAUGAGAUAAAAAAAUUUAAAUCUCCAUUAGAAUUAAGGGAAGAACGACUAAAUGAAAAAAUUAAAGUUUUAGAAGAUGCUGCGAUCAGCGAUAGACCUUGGCAAUUAAAAGGAGAAAUUCAAGGAGAAAAUCGACCAAUUAAUUCACUUUUGGAGGAGGUCUUGGAAUAUGAUGUGGGUAGCAGACCAGCACCUGUAAUAACGGAAGCUACAACAGUGCUGUUGGAAGAUGCCAUAAAACAACGAAUUAAAGAUAAAUGCUUUGACGACGUUGAACGCAAAGAAAAACCUGUAGACACACCUUUAGAAUACAAGAAAAAGCUUGUUUUAGAUCAAGAAAAAAGUAAGCAGUCUCUUGCGCAAAUAUAUGAAAAGGAAUUUUUGCAGCAGAGAGAUGCUUUACAAGCUACAGAAGAGAAGGAAGAGGAAGAACCGGCCUUGCACAAGGAAAUCAAGUCUAUGUUGAGUAGCCUAUUUUCAAAGUUGGAUGCAUUAUCAAACUUUCAUUUCACUCCUAAACCAGUUGCACCAGAACUUAGAGUGGUUAAUAAUUUACCUGCAAUUAAUAUGGAGGAAGUUGCUCCGGUUGCGAUGACUAACGCAUCACUUCUUGCACCCGAAGAAGUUAAGGUGAGGUCCAAGGGGCAAGUUAUAGGAAAAGAUGAAAGAAGUAAAACAGACAAAAAAAGAGAAAGAAGGAAAAAGAAAAGCAAACAAAGCGAACAUGCCCAGCAAAAGAUGAAGAUGACUUUGUUGAAAAAGCCUGGUCUUGGAAAUAAAUACAGUAAGGAGAAAAUGAAGAAGAUGAUAGAACAAGUGUCUAAAGAUACAAAUGUUGAUAAGAUGGAUGAAGUUGUUGGAUCUAAGCGGAUAAAAUCCUCAAGUGCAUUUUUCACUCAGCUACAAGAACAAGUGUCGUCGCAAAUUAAAAACACUUCAAAAACCCACAAGAAAAUCAAAAAACAAACUUUCAACGCUAAGCAACUAAAAUUAUAAAAUGUACAUAUUCCAUUGAUCUGUAAACAUUAAAUAGUUUCACAGGAUUUAAA